GGCGGAGCGCGCCGGCACCGGCUUUCUCCGCGCCCCCCGUGCCCCCUCCUGCGGUGGUUGAUGGUUCACAAACGUAGCUCGUCCCCGGCUGACGUUCCCGCAGACGGGAGCCUGGCGGCGGCGCAGCCCAGCCCCGCCGGCUGCCAGCGCCCGCGCCGGUCAGCGGCGGCGUCGCUCUGCGCGGCGCGGGCAGCGCUCGCCACCGCCGGGGGAUGCUGCCCCUCCGCCCCGCGCUGCUGCCCAAGCGGUGCCGCGGCGGCUCGGCCCCGCGCUCGCGGCCCGGCCGCGCGGCUGCCCGAGGACCAGCAGCAGCAGCAGCCGGAGGAGGGCGCGGCGGCGGCGGCAGCGCCCCGGCAGCGGGCCCGCGCGGCAGCGGCAGCGGCGGGUCGGGCCGCGCGGCGGGCCGGCGGCGCGGGCCGGGGUCGCCGCGGGCUGCCCGGAGGGGGGCGGAGCAGGAGCUGCGCGAGCCGCCGCGCUCGUGCUCGAGCUGGCCGGUAGGGGCCGUUGCCACCCCCCGCAGGGGGAGGGGGGGCGGAGCCGGGCGCGGCGCGAGGCCGGGUCGCGCGGCGGCGGCGGCGGCGCUUCUCCUCGCCCAGCCGGCGGCGGCCCCCGCGGCGGUAAUGGCGGCCGUCCUGUCCCCGCGCGUCUGCGACAGCGACCCGGCCACGCCCGGCGCCCAGUCCUUGAAGGAUGAUACAGAGGAAAAUUCCAAUGACGGUAGCCAACCAUCCAAAAGACGGCGUAUGGGCUCAGGGGACAGUUCUCGGAGCUGUGAAACUUCUAGUCAAGACCUUGGAUUUAGCUACUUUCCUGCUGAAAACUUGAUAGAAUACAAGUGGCCACCAGAUGAAACAGGAGAAUACUAUAUGCUUCAGGAACAAGUCAGUGAAUAUUUGGGUGUGACUUCCUUUAAAAGAAAAUAUCCAGAUUUAGAAAGGCGAGAUCUAUCUCACAAGGAGAAACUCUACCUCAGAGAACUAAAUGUUAUCACAGAGACUCAGUGCACGUUAGGUCUAACAGCUUUGCGUAGUGAUGAAGUAAUUGAUCUUAUGAUUAAAGAAUAUCCUGCCAAACACGCUGAGUAUUCUGUUAUACUGCAAGAGAAAGAACGUCAGCGAAUAACAGAUCAUUAUAAAGAAUACUCUCAAAUGCAGCAGCAGAACACACAGAAAGUAGAAGCUAGUAAAGUUCCAGAAUAUAUUAAAAAAGCUGCCAAGAAAGCUGCAGAAUUCAACAGUAAUUUAAACCGGGAGCGAAUGGAAGAAAGAAGAGCCUAUUUUGAUUUACAGACACAUAUUAUCCAGGUGCCUCAAGGAAAAUACAAAAUCUUACCUACAGAAAGAACAAAGGUUAGUCCUUAUCCAGUGGCUCUCAUACCCGGCCAGUUCCAGGAGUACUACAAAAGAUACUCGCCAGAUGAACUUCGUUACUUGCCGUUAAACACGGCUCUUUAUGAACCCCCUUUGGAUCCAGAGCUGCCUGCGUUAGACAGUGAUGGAGAUUCAGAUGAUGCAGAGGAAGGUCGAGGUGAUGAAAAACGGAAAACCAAAGGCAAUUCGCCAAAGGUCAUUCCAAAUGCUAUAUGUGGAAUUUGUCUGAAGGGUAAGGAGUCCAACAAGAAAGGAAAAGCUGAAGCACUUAUACACUGCUCCCAGUGUGACAACAGUGGCCACCCUUCUUGCCUUGAUAUGACCCCGGAGCUUGUUGCUAUGAUUAAGACUUACCCUUGGCAGUGUAUGGAGUGUAAAACAUGCAUUAUAUGUGGGCAGCCUCACCAUGAAGAAGAAAUGAUGUUCUGUGAUGUAUGUGACCGUGGUUAUCACACAUUUUGUGUGGGGCUUGACGCGAUCCCUUCAGGUCGCUGGAUUUGUGAUUGUUGUCAGAAAGACCCUCCUGUACCCAGAAGAGGAGGAAGAAGGGGGAAAAACAGCAAGGAGGGAUAAAAAAAAAAAAAAAAAAAGCAAAGCAAACCAAACUCCCUUGUUGUCCAAAACUUAACUGCACAAGUUUAAGUGAUAAUUUGGUGCUAUUUAACCAACCACUCUGAGAGGAACAAUACCACUUUUUUUUCUUUUUACCAAAUAAACUUUUAAUUUUGGCUAUAUAAUGA